AUGGCUAACAUCCUUGACUUAGCACGCGAGGUGCAGGCAGCUGCCGAGGACUUUUCGUCGGGAAAGACGAGGGACAAUCUCAAGCUGUUGCGAGCUAUUCGAAACUUGAAUCGCAUUGCUGAGUCUCCCGUAGAUCGUUUGAGAAGAGUCUCUUAUCAGCCAGUACAAUGUGCUGUUGUUCGAUUGGCUGUCGAGAUGGGUUUGCCCCAUGCUCUCGUCGAAGGAAAGACGAUGACUGCUGCUGAGCUUGCGCAGAAGUCUGGAGCAGAUCAUCUUUUGACAGUCCGGGUGAUGAGAGUCCUCGUUGCAAUGGAUAUAUGUGACGAGAUUGGCGAGGAACACUACGAAUCCAAUCCAACGACAGAAGCUCUUGCUACUCCAACUUGGAGUGGAGGAAUGAGGUAUCUAUUUGACACAAUCGUCCCAACCUUCGAUAAGCUUGUAGCCUACUACAACGAGGCAGGUUUCGAAAGCGAUAAGCUCUUAUUCGAGUACGCUCUUGGCCAAGACCUAUGGUCUUUCCUCAGAACACAUCCCUCGCUGCACAAAGAUUUCCUUGAUUACAUGAAAGGACGGAAAGACGGGCAACCGAGAUGGCUCGAUUAUUUCCCCGUCUCUACGCAAGUUGGAGACCUCGAUGUCUCUAAGCAUUCUGUGACGCUCGUGGACAUUGGUGGAAAUUUAGGUCAUGACUUGAAGUUGUUUCAGGAACGAUGUCCUGAGAUACCUGGGAGAUUAAUCUUGAUGGACUUGCCAGAGACUAUUGCUGGGAAUUCGGAUCCUUUGGAAGGUAUUGAGAAAAUCGAGUAUGACUUCUUUACACCGCAGCCAAUUCAUGAUGCCAAGUUUUACAUGUUUCGAGCCAUCUGUCACGACUGGUCGGAUGAGAACUGCCAGAAAUUCUUGGGAAAUACGGUCAAGGCAAUGAAGAAAGGCUAUUCGAGACUUCUGAUCAAUGAUCAAGUUCUGCCUAAUACUGGAGCAGAACUCCAUCCUACGAUGCUGGACUUUACCAUGAUGGCAUAUUUUAAUGCUAUGGAAAGAACUGAAAGACAAUGGCGGACUCUCUUGGACAGCGUUGGACUUGAGAUUGUGAAGAUCUGGAGCUUUGAUGGUGGUGGGUCUGAAGCUGUGAUCGAGGCGAUGUUGAAAGACUAG